AUGCGGGGCUGGCGGAGGAACCUCGCGCUCUGCCUGCAGCGGCUGCCGGACGAAGGUAGGACGCGGCCGCUGCCCAGGCCCGUGAGCACCGGCGCGGCGCGGGGCGCGGAGGGCGGACCCAGCGCCAAGCUGGCCGGGGGGCGCCGGCUGAGGGUCUCCGCGGGAGGUGAAGGGCCGGCGGCCGCGUCCGAGGCGCGGAGCUUGCGGGGGUCACCGCAGGACACGCGGGCGCAGCCCCGGACCCGCUCGCGAGUCCGGUUCCCGGAGCGAGCCCUGGCCGGCGCGGCCGCCACGUGCCUCCCGGCUCCCGGCGAGUUUGCCGGGGGUCGGAAUGUGCGGGUGCUCUCGGCGGGGGACUUCGGAUCCCGACGCUGCAGUCGCCGGGACCCAACUUUCCUUCGCACGUCCGGCAGCGGCCCCGUUGCCGACCCCACAGGCUGCAGUUCGUCAAAGUUGCAUAGAUGCCGGAGGCGGGAGGGGGUGCGGGGGCCCCGGGGUGAGGAUGGGGCCAUUGCUCUGUUGUCAGUAGGCAGCGCUGAGAGUGACCGCGCCAUCCUCAGCCAGCCCAGCAGCGUGGGGGCCACAGAUGCCAUCGGGGCAGAGGAACCUCCCCCGCAUUUUGCUGUCUUGGCCGAGGUGAUGGUGACUCAUAAGCAGAUGUGUGGGCAGAAUGGGUCUGUCGAGGAAGAAAACCUUCCUCGUGAAGAUAAACCUUUUGUGAAGAUAAACCUGGAAAAGGUUGAGGAUCAUUUAGAGCCUCAGCUGGAGUCUGAGGGCUGGGGGAAGGCUGCCGUGAAGGGCUCUGGGAACUGGCAGGUGUCUGGGGCCACAGCCUGGGAGCAGCCCCCUGAGGUGGCACUGCCCCUGAAGCUCUACCCAGCCUGCCCUGAAGUCAGGGCUGAGCAGCGUGGCUCCCUUGGGAGUUGGUGGGCAGCCGAGGAGACAAUAGCGGACAUGCUGUGUGGGCUCAGCCGGGAGACCCCUGGAGAGGAGGACGAUGGACCUUACUCCAAAGGAGGCAAGGAUGCGGGAGGGACAGACAUGGCCCUGGCAUGCCGCAGACAGAGCAUUCCAGAGGAGUUCCGUGGGGUCACCAUGGUGGAGCUGAUCAAGAAGGAAGGCAGCACGCUGGGCCUGACCAUCUCAGGUGGCACCGACAAGGAUGGGAAGCCCAGGGUCUCCAACCUGAGACCGGGGGGGCUUGCUGCCAGGAGUGACCUGCUGAACGUGGGCGACUAUAUUCGGUCAGUGAAUGGGAUCCAUCUGACCAGGCUCCGCCAUGAUGAGAUCAUCACCCUGCUCAAGAAUGUGGGCGAGCGCGUGGUGCUGGAGGUGGAGUAUGAGCUGCCCCCGCCCGCCCCUGAGAACAACCCAGGGAUCAUCACAAAGACAGUGGACGUCUCCCUGUACAAGGAGGGCAAUAGCUUUGGCUUUGUCCUCAGAGGGGGUGCCCAUGAAGAUGUACACAAGACCCGCCCGCUCGUCCUGACCUACGUCCGGCCUGGCGGCCCCGCUGACAGGGAGGGCUCCUUGAAGGUGGGGGACAGGCUGCUCAGCGUUGACGGGAUCCCGCUGCAUGGGGCCAGCCAUGCCACUGCCCUGGCCACGCUGCGGCAGUGCAGCCACGAGGCGCUCUUCCAGGUGGAAUACGAUGUGGCCAUCCCGGAUACGGUGGCCAAUGCUUCGGGGCCCUUGACAGUGGAGAUAACCAAGACGCCUGGGUCAGCCCUGGGGAUCUCUCUCACCACUGGCUCCCAGCGGAACAAGCCAGUCAUCACCAUUGACCGCAUCAAGCCGGCCAGCGUGGUGGACAGGAGUGGGGCCCUGCAUGCUGGAGACCACAUCCUGUCCAUCGACGGCACCAGCACGGAACACUGCUCGCUGCUUGAGGCCACCAAGCUCCUGGCCAGUGUGGCGGAGAGAGUACGGCUGGAGAUCCUGCCUACACCCCAAAGUCGGCGGCCCCUGAAGCCCUCAGAGGCAGUGAAGGUGCAGAGGAGUGAUCAACCACACCGCUGGGACCCCUGCGUGCUCUCCUGUCACAGCCCCCGGCCUGGCCACUGCAGGCCACCCACCUGGGCCACACCUGCUGGCCAGGACCAGAGCCGAUCCUUGUCCUCGACUCCCUUUUCCUCGCCGACCAUGAAUCAUGCCUUUCCCUGCACCAAUCCCAGCACCCUUCCCCGUGGAUCCCACCCCAUGAGCCCCCGGACUACAAUGGGGCGGAGGAGGCAGCGAAGAAGGGAACACAAGAGCACAUUGUCACUGGCCUCCAGCACAGUGGGCCCUGGGGGACAGAUCGUGCACACGGAGACCACAGAGAUCGUGCUCUGCGGAGACCCGCUCAGCGGCUUUGGCCUCCAGCUCCAGGGAGGCAUCUUCGCCACCGAGACCCUGUCCUCCCCGCCCCUCGUGCGCUUCAUCGAGCCCGACAGCCCGGCAGAGAGGUGUGGGCUGCUGCAGGUCGGGGAUCGGGUCCUGUCCAUCAACGGGAUUGCCACUGAGGACGGGACGAUGGAGGAAGCCAACCAGCUGCUGCGCGACGCGGCGCUGGCCCACAAGGUCGUGUUGGAGGUCGAGUUUGACGUGGCAGAGUCCGUCAUCCCGAGCAGCGGCACCUUCCACGUGAAGCUGCCCAAGAGGCGAGGCGUGGAGCUGGGCAUCACCAUUGGCUCGACCAGCAGGAAGCGAGGAGAGCCCCUGAUCAUCUCUGACAUCAAGAAGGGCAGUGUGGCACACAGGACCGGUACCCUCGAGCCAGGCGACAAGCUGCUGGCCAUCGACAACAUCCGCCUGGACGACUGCCCCAUGGAGGAUGCCGUGCAGAUCCUGCGGCGGUGCGAGGACCUGGUGAAGCUGAAGAUCCGGAAGGACGAGGACAACUCUGAUGAGCAGGAGACCACAGGGGCGAUCAGCUACACAGUGGAACUGAAACGUUACGGGGGUCCCCUGGGCAUCACCAUCUCGGGCACAGAGGAGCCUUUUGACCCCAUUGUCAUCUCAGGCCUCACCAAGCGUGGUCUUGCUGAGAGGACCGGCGCUAUCCACGUUGGGGAUCGUAUCCUGGCCAUCAACAGCGUUAGCCUCAAGGGCCGGCCUCUGAGUGAGGCCAUCCACCUCCUACAGGUGGCUGGCGAGACUGUCACACUGAAGAUCAAGAAGCAGCUAGACCGCCCCCUCCCGUGCCGCAAGUCGGGCAGCCUCAGUGAGGCCAGCGAUGCAGAUGAGGACCCACCAGAAGCGCUCAAAGGAGGCCUGUUGGCAGCCCGGUUCUCACCCGCUGUGCCCAGUGUGGACAGUGCUGUGGAGUCCUGGGACAGUUCGGCCACAGAGGGUGGAUUCGGGGGCCCAGGCUCCUACACUCCGCAGACAGUGGCUCGGGGCAUGACCCCCCAGGAGUGGCGGCCCAGCCGGCUGAGAAGCAGCCCCCCACCCACCGAGCCCCGGAGGACGAGCUAUACCCCAGCCCCCACGGACGAGAGCUUCCCCGAGGAGGAGGAAGAGGAGGAUUGGGAGCCACCAACUAGCCCAGCCCCUGGCCCUGCCCGUGAGGAGGGCUUCUGGCGCAUGUUCGGGGAAGCGCUCGAAGACCUGGAGUCAUGUGGUCAGUCAGAGCUGCUGAGGGAACUGGAGGCAUCCAUCAUGACGGGCACGGUGCAGAGCGUGGCCCUCGAGGGCAGGCCCGGCCACCGGCCCUGGCGGAGGAGCCAGGAGGUACGAGCGUCCCCUGAAGAGAUGCAGGAGCUGCUGCUGCCGACAUCCUUAGAGAUGCACAAGGUGACCCUGCACAAGGACCCCUUGCGGAAUGACUUUGGUUUUAGCGUCUCUGACGGCCUCCUGGAGAAGGGUGUCUAUGUCCACACUGUGCGCCCUGAUGGGCCAGCCCAACGUGGGGGCCUCCGGCCCUUCGACAGGGUCCUUCAGGUCAACCACGUUCGCACGCGGGACUUUGACUGCUGCCUGGCCGUGCCGCUCCUGGCGGACGCAGGUGACGUCCUGGCGCUGGUCAUCAGCCGCAACCCACUGGCCCAGAGCGGCCGAGCCCCACGAGCUCCAGGCCCCAGCAGCCCCCGGAUGCUUUGA